AUGGUCAAGAUCUCUGCCUCCCUCGUUUCCCUGGCUGUGAGCCUCUUCGCUGGCGGCGUCCUCGCCCACCCCGGCCACCAUGGCACGACCGAGAUGAAGUCUCGCGCCGAGUACAUGGCCAACGCCAAGCGCACCUCGCUCUCGCACUGCGCCGAUGUGCUCAAGGCUCGCGGCACCAUGGACAAGGUUGUUGAGCGCCGCCAGAACAAGCUCGACCAGAUCCGCGAGAAGCGUGGCAUCAAGAAGAGGUCUCUGCUGAAGGCCCGCGACUUCGACGAGGUUCUCAACACCGACCACGAGUCCAACCUCACCGGCAUCACUCCCGAGACUGACCCGUCCGUCUUCUUCGGCGACAUGCCGUCUUGCGUCCUGUCUCCUGAGGUUACCGAGGGCCCGUACUACGUCAGUGGCGAGACGGUCCGCACCGACAUGACUGAGAGCGAGCCUGGCGUUGAGCUCUACGUUGACGUCAUGAUCCUGGACACGGAGACUUGCGAGCCGCUCGAGGGCGUGGCGCUUGACUUCUGGGCCUGCAACUCCACGGGCGUCUACUCUGGCGUGGUCGCUGGCGGCAACGGCAACACUGCCGACGAGUCCAACCUCCAGAACAAGGCGCUCCGUGGUAUCCAGUUCAGCGAUGCCGACGGGGUCAUCGACUUCCUCACCAUCUUCCCUGGUCACUACACUGGAAGGACCAACCACAUUCACGUCAUGUCUCACCUGAGCGCGGAGCAGCUGGACAACGGCACCAUCACGUCGGGCCAGAUCUCGCAUGUCGGCCAGCUCUUCUUCGACCAGGAUCUGAUUGACCUCGUUGAGACGGCGUCGCCGUACGUGGACAACACUCAGGAGCAGAUGCUCAACGUGAACGACGGCAUCAUGGAGCAGGAGUCGGCGACCAGCGACCCGGUCGUGUCGUACGUCCUUCUGGGCGACACGAUCGAGGAGGGCGUCUUCUCGUGGAUCAGCUUCGGCAUCGACACGACCAUCAGCAAGACGGUCAGCGCGGCGGCAUCUUGCUACGCUGAGGGCUGCGUCGCCAACGAGAACUCGGGCGGCCCUGGCGGUCCGCCUCCUAACGGUACUUUCCCCUCGGGCUUCCCUACGCCGCCGGUGAGGAAGUAG